AUGUCUACCUUCAACACUGAUGAUGUUCAUGUAUUUGCUUGUGCUCUUGAGUUCAGUGAAGAGGAUGCUAAUGAAUACUACACAUAUUAUUCGUUGUUCGCAACUAAACGGUAUGCUAAUGAGAGUGCUGAUGAUGGGCCAUUCGGAGAUUGGUUCCGGAAGCAUCGGACACAUGUUAUCGUCUUCACAUACAGUGGUAAACCGGUUUAUACCCGCUAUGGCUCCCCGGAUGGAGUGUCUGCUUUCUGUGGAGCAUUGGCAGCGAUAGUGUCCAAGUUUGGACAGUUUUAUCACAUGUCGGGUGGGAGCCCAGAAAGGAUGCGACAUAGGUUCGUGUUCCUAGAUCGAACGCCCUUGUGGUUGGUGGCAAUAUGCAAAGGCCGACACACAACGGCUCAUAACAAGAAACAAGCACCUCUACCAGCGGUACCUCUAGCACAGUUGAGGUCAAUGCUCAAUGCCGUCUAUAGACAAUUGAUAACAGUUUUAACAUCUCGAGUUGAAGAGAUGCUGCUACAACGGCCUAGCUACGAUGUACGGGCCCUACUUGGUGGCACAGAGAGUGUCCUGGCCAACAUUAUUCGAUGGGGUGAACGAGACUUGAUAACGCUUUGUGAUGAUUUGUCAUGCUUUGAACCCCUACCAUUACAUCGAUCGACGAGGGAUAAGCUUAUCAACACAUUAUUGGGACUCAGACCUGCUGGAUCGCUAUCCUCUCAUUGUUUUGCCGCCAUCAUACUCGGUGGUCAUCGUGUUGCAGCUAUGGUAUCCGAUUCAUCGAGGCUGUUGAAGCCCUGCGAUAUGCCAACAUUCAUCAACCUUACCAUCGCAUCUGGAUCCCUGAGAUCAGGAUCAUGCUGGUCUCCUGUAUGUCUACCCGCUGGCCUAGACCGUGGAUCCUUUGUCUACUCUUAUGUCCAGCGGUUGUCUGGUGAUGUAUUUAUUGUAUUUCUCUGUGCCAGUCCAGAUCAGGAUGCUUUCUAUUCCUGUCAAAAAGCGGCAGACCAUGUAUCACGCAUGCUAACACCUGUUGGUAUAGUCAAGGACAUCCAGGCAGCCUCUGAUGCGGCUCCAAUUAGUAUUGCUAGUGACCCUGCCCUUCUACAGACACUGGGGGAUUUCCAGACAUUAGAAUCCAGGAGGUACACUCCUGCUCCUGAGGGUAUCAAGAUAUUAGAGAAGGUUGGUAUGCUCUCUCUCGAUAUGAUAUUCAAGCAUUUGUUAUAUAGAGUGGACUAUAAUGUUGAGGGUAUAUCCAGAGGUCACAUAGUGAAAGAGAUUCACACCCGUUAUGCACAAUGUGUUGAGGUAAUGCGGUCCAGAGAGGAGUCCAGUGGCAGGCUAGCGUCAUCAGGUCAACUCGGCAUGUCACUUCCACAACAGUUUUUUGGAUGCUUUUCAAACCUCAUGACUACUCUUGACGACGACCAGGCGGCAUCACCAUCAAGAGAACGACCAUUUGACCAAGGGCACCGAUCGAAGGAGGAUUUCUCGAGACUAUCCUCUGAACAGCAGCGUGUCUUGGACGAUAUAGCGGCCAGCUGGGCUGACCAUCAUGCUGAGGAUAUUAGUCGGUGUUAUUAUUGGAUGACUGAUGAGUCCUGGCAGCGGCUCGUCGAUACCAAGGCUGAUGGUAAUAACGACUGUGUUACGCCACGUGAUGUCUAUGAGAAGUUUUAUAAGACUUACGCACAAUUAGAAGAGCAACAGGCGAGUAAAGAGGAUGCUGCAGGUCGUGAACGAUGGCAGAAUGCUAUUGAUGUCAGAGAUGCAUAUACCAGCAUUAAUGACAAAUUGAGGGAUAGUUUAGCUCUCCUGGACGAAGUUGACGCCGAACGUGAACAAGUGGUGGAGAAGACCACACAGUUGCAUAAGCGUUGCGAAAAGAUGAUGAGGGAUCACAAUGUCCUGGAAGUAACGGCGGAGAGCAUAUCAUCCAAGCUGGCCAUCUUUGACGACGUCAACAAGAUAACGAGACAGAUGAGCCUCCUAAGCUCGGGGAACACUGACGAUGUAUCCGAGUUAUUCCCUCCCAGUGUUGAUACUGCCGAGGGCCUACAGGAUCUUUUUCACCGUUUGGAUACUAUAACGGCGUUCAUGGAGGAACAUUACGAUUAUCAGAUGGCACCUGCUUGUCUAUCACAAAUAUCCCAUCUACGAUCUCGAGCAUGUUUUGCUGUGAGAUCCCACCUUAUGAGGCUCCUGGAUGAAGCUGGGCGAGAAUUGAAGACAGUUGGAUCGCAUGAAGAAGUGUGUAAGAGCCUCUAUCAGGGUUAUCAGGAUGCCCGAGCGGCUGAGGUCCGUCCUAUCAUAGAUGUCCUCAAUAGUGUAUGUUGUGGGAAUGAUGAUUAUGUCGCUACUAUCUAUGCGGUACAUCAAUACUACUGUACAGUAAGGCAGGCUCAUGUGUCUGAGCGGAUAAAUAGUAUGUUGGAUGACAUGGCAGCCGGUGAGGGUAACGAUGAGAAUAUACUUGAAGGAGAGGAGAGUCAGAUAUUACCAUACACGAGACAUGUCUGCCGACAGGUCCUGUCCUUGGCCAAAGCGGAGUGUAGGACUUACACUCAAUACUUCGGUCAUACUAUUCCUAUUAAAACAGCCUAUCCUUAUCAUCACUAUGCAGGUGGCGAUGCGAGCAGUAUAGCCACUGGGUCUCCGAGUGCUUCCCAGUCCACUGGCUUAGCCCCAGGAGCAGACGAACCUAUUGAAGGCUUCCUCAGCAAUUGUUACGGCAAACCUCUCUAUGCGUUCCUUCGAUCCAAAAUUGUCUCCUGUCAGAAGGUCGAGACUCUGAAGAGUUUGGCAGAGCUCAUCUCGCGAGAGAUCCUGGCUCCAGAAGGAUUCGACUCCUACGACAUUAACCGAGCGAAGCAGCCCCCUGAUGCCGAUGGACGUUCAGAAGAGAACUCUCUGCUUGUUCCUGUCCUGUCAGUGGUGUACAGGUUGCUGAAGGAUGUGCAGGAAAGGCUGAUAUACAGGACACAGACCUACAUAAGAGAUGAUAUCCGUGGCUUUGUCCCAUCUAAAGAGGACCUUGAGUAUCCUCUGCGGCUUUUCGAACAUGAUGCACUAACGGUCCAUCCCGAGAUUGAUGCUUAUGGCCGAUUAAUGAGAGUAUCCACCAGAGGCUGGUACCCAACACUGGGAAAGACGUUAUGGAUAUUGGCUGAGAUACUUCCUGUGUUGGAGACAACGACUUUCCAAAGCCUUGCUUAUGAGGCUGUAUCGGCAUGCUUGGAGACUAUCGACAUAGCAGCAGUUGAUAUUGCGAGGAGUUACUCUGAAGAGAGAGACUCUCACGAUACAUCCAAAGACAAUAAUAUUGAUGGUUGGACUACUCUCAACGAGGCGCUUUUCACCAUACGCCAUUUGUUGAUCCUUCGAGAACAGAUUGCCUCAUUCGAUGUUGAUCUGGUGAGCUCAUCACAAUAUCUGGACUUCUCUAACGUUAAGCAUAGUUUAAUGGAUGUCCUAUCCCUACGAUUACCUGGCCAUGUACCAUCAGUUACCCAUCAAGGGUGGGGUGUACAGCAACAACAACAUUCGACAGGUUCCGCAUUCAAUGUACCCUCUAGAAUAUUGUCGACUUUCACACCGGUGAUCCAAUCCAGACAAUCUGAUGUGAAGCGGGAUAUCGAGGCUCAGCUCAAGUCUGCAUGCGAUCGCCUAAUUGCUCACAUCACUGCACGUCUCACCAUCCCCUUGACGACGGUCUAUGUAGCGAAGACUCCUCCUUGUGAUGAUGAGAGACCUACCCUUGCUGGUGAUAUCGAAGCAGCAUGGAAGUCCACUAUGGAUAAGGUAGAGGCUGACAUACCAGUUGUAGUCUCUAUGAUGAGAGCCUAUCUCACAUUGUCCGAACCUUCAGCCGCUAAUGGAUCUGACUCGUCGACGUCCAAAGAGCCUCGUGAUAGUACGACGGCCAUCCUCUUCCAGCCAAUACAUGUUCGAGUCGUAGACGUGUGUCGGGAACUAGAAAGGAAUGGUUUAUCCCAUGACACAUCGGUGUCGUCGACCGAUCUAUCGUGUGAGCUCUCUAGACUGUUCGACAAGACUAUGGAACAGUCACCUGAGGAAGUUGAAUCAGUUGUAUUGAGGAAGUGAGCCGUAGGUCGC